GGCACUCACACACACACACACACUCUCGCUCAUUCUCACUGACUUAAAACGCUCAUAUUUUCUUUUUCUACUUUUCCUUUCCUGUGCUUUACGGGCUGACAGUGGAGAAUGGGGGCAGUUUCAGCAGCUGUCAUUCGACAAAAUUCACCAGUUAAGGGCUGAAACCACACACACAUAUGCACACAUACACAGAGAUACAGAGAUAACGCACAUUUUGCCACGCAGUUGAGGAAUGAAUUGAAAAGGGAGAGCUGGCAGCAACACAGAGGUCGGUCUCAGCCUACUCUCUGUGCUGCUACUGUACCGUCAUGAGACGGACUGCUGCGUUCAGACAGACAGGAGCAUAGGUCUAUAUACAACAUGGGUAACACAUUUAGCCAAGAAGACAUCUCUCCUGCUGAGCUGGAUGCUCUUUGGAGGGAGCCACCAUACACUCUUGGGGGAACAAAUGAACACUUCUCAGGAAAUGACAUCAUGACUCAAGGUGCAGGUGAGGAGGAGGACGGUCCAGUGGCAGAGUCAGGAGAAGGAGGGGUGGAGCCUGACAGCUACUGGAAGAAGAAAGAAGCCUUCCUUAGAGGAAGUACUGUGUCACUGGGAGAGAAAUUCUCCUCAGAAAUUGUGCUGCUGUUCACUGGGAGGAGACGCUCCAGUGCACAUCCUGACCGAACCCUACAGGAGGCGCUGCGAACCCGACUACGAGUGGUGGAGAGCAACAGUCAGGAUGUUAUCCAGCUCUUUAAAGACUUGUCUGCACGUCUGGUAUCUGUCCAUGCUGAGAAGGAUAGCUUUGUACUCACAUUCAAGACUGUGGAGGAAAUCUGGAAGUUUUCAACCUAUCUAGCACUGGGCUAUGUGGCUCGCUGCUUGGAGAACUUCUUGUGUGAUCAGUCCUUCUGGCUGGACCCAGAGCUGCUCAGCGACUUGGAGAUCAAUGUUAGUGUGGACGAGGAACAUCUGGCCACUCUCUACCUGGGACUUUUACUCCAGGAAGGAUCCUUCUUCGCGAAGGCGCUUUACACGAGAAGCGAUCAGGACGAGGACGACAACGAAGAGCAGCUGUCAUUCAAAAAGAAUGACCUGCUGAUGGUGAGGGACACAGGGCAGGACAACAUGUGGGAGGGCACCAUGCUCUCCACAGGAAACCACGGCCUGGUGCCAGUGAACGCCAUGCAGCCUCUGCCCUACCCCUUCUAUCAGUGGUUCCUGAGGAAGUAUCCAGGCCAUGCUGGAUGCUCACCAACAGAAAAGGAACCGUUUGAACAUCCAAUCGUCACAGGUUCCUGUGUGGCAGUGGUUGACUACAGUCCAGUGGGGCCGGAUGAGCUCCAGCUGAGCCAAGGUGACAUUGUGGAGGUCCAGGGUUUGCUAGUCCGAGGCUUGGGCGUGUUCAUAGGAAGACACACAUCCACGGGACACACUGGUUUUGUACACAAGGCUCAUGUCAAACCUCUGGACACCAUGCCGCUAGACGGACAAUUGGUCUUUCUGACUGAGGAAGAGAGGGCCAGCCUGGCUCAGGUUAAUCCGUGUAGCUCUGAGCCAAGUGACAGCGGCCUCCUGGGAAGACUCUUCUCAUCUGACAUCAGCUCUGUGUACAGGCUAGACAGACUGGAUGAGACUGACUUCAUGUACAUCAGGAAUCGGCCAAAACAUGAUCAUAAGGUUUCUACAAGCACACGUCAGAGUGUCAUGUCGGAGAGAAGUGGGGGGACACCCCCGUACCACUCCUCCCCACGGGCCUCUCUCUCUCACUCGUCUCCCCGUCAGUCGCUCUAUCGCUCCCACAAUCCUCUGCCACACGAGGGAGAGCGCCUGUCCUUCACUCUGGAUGACACAUUCAGAGAACUGGACGAGUUCCAGGAAGAUCCACCUCUUUACUUGGAGGAGAACAGCUGGGAGGGGGAAGAGUCCGAGCUCAGUGACCCCACACUCACCCUGCUCAACCACGGACGCUUCCAGGAGGACUUCCUGCCCCUGUACGACCUGCAGUAUUCCUUCCUGUGGGUGACCUUCAGUGGUAAGACUGAGGACGAGCUCUCAGGGCACCUCGAGAGUGUCAGGGAGUGCGCCAAGAGAAUGGGCAUGCACUGGGCACAUCGACGGGCGUGCUUUCUCCUGGGAAGACUCUGUGCCAGGAAGCUCAAACUCUCCCAGGCACGGGUGUACUAUGAGGAGGCUCUGAGCGUCUGUGUGGACAGUUUCUGUGACACGCCACUCCUCGUCGCUCUCUUCACAAAUCUCACCGCCGUCUACCUGAAGCAGCGUAUGACAGACAAACUGCCCCAGACUCUGGAGAAGGCCAGUGCUCUGCUCCUCUGUCUCCCGAGCCACACCUUCACCUCUACGGACGAGGUGGAACUGCUGAAGCUGCUCCUGAGGAGAUCAGUGGUGAUGGGGGACAAAAGCCUGGAGGCUCGCGUCUGCUACCUCAUCCUCAGCCUCUUCCUGCUUCUCAAGAAGACCGAUGACGCUCUUCCCUUUGUCGAGCGACUCCAGUUUCUCUCAGUGACUCUCUCUGCUGCCGAGGGGCGGCCCAUAGUUCCUUUGGACCUCAACUGGCUCUUGAGCUGGCUCUAUCAUCGUAAAUACAUGCCUUACUUAGCACUGGCCUCUCUAAGCCUGGACUCAAGACAAGACCACUCCCUCCACGACGCCUUCCAGAGGAUUGAGUUGUUUAUCAGGAACUCUGUUCGCCUGAACCCGUGCUGGAAGGAAGGAACCUCCCUGCUCCCUGCUCAGAUUGUGGUUUACCUCCAGCAAGCCCUGGCUGUAGCUGAGCAGGGGGAGGACAUGAAGACCCAAAGGGACCUGUGUUUGGGCUUGGCCUCAGUCUAUCAGCAGUAUGAUGCUCUAGACAAAGCAGUGCGUUGUGCUCAACAAGCUGUGGAGACGGGCGGCCACAUCAAUGAGGAAGAGGGCUUUGAGGCUUCUGUGCUGCUGGGUUGGCUGCUGGUGUUGACAGGACAGGCUGAGAGGGCCCAGAGCGUCCUACAGCCUCUGCUCACAUCACUUCAGAGUACCGACAGUCCCACGCAGCGAGGAGUGAUCCACAACCUCUUGGCUUUGUGUCUGAGGCGAAAGGGUCGCGUCCCAGAGGCAGGCUGGCACCUCCACUCAGCUUUGGUAAUCUCCAGGGAGAGUGGCAAUCAGAGGAAUCAGGCCCUGGCACUGGCCAACCUGGGCUGCCUGGCACUGGAUGUGGGGGCAUCUCUGAUAGCAGAACGCUUCCUAGUCAGAUCGCUGCACCUUUUUCUGGAGCUCUGGGAAAGCCCCACGGACGAGGAGCAUGUUCAGACCUACCUCUGGCUGGGGCGGAGCUACAAAGACAGGGGGAGGAGUCAGGACAUCAGGGCGUGUUAUGAAAUGGGGCUGCUAAUUGCACUACAUGCCAGAAACUUGCACAGUCAGAUGGUGGUGGCCAAGGUGCUGAGUCGGCUGUAUGCCGAGAUGCUGCUGUACGGUCAGAGUAUCGUCUACUAUGAGCACUGUGUGUCAGUAUCCAGAGAGCUUAAGGACAAGAGACUGGAGGGAGAGUACCUGGAAAUCCUCAGCAGCCUCUACCUCUCACUCAACACUGAGAAAUCGUCUCGUAAGUCUCUGGACUACACCAAGCAGAGCCUGAGGAUUUCCAUCGAUUUGGGCAAGAGAGAGGAAGAGUCAGAGACCUGGCUGCAGGUGGGACGCAUAUAUUACCUCAUCCAGGAGGAUGAGCUGGCUGACAUGUACCUGCAGGCAGCAGUGAAGACAGCCCUGAGGAUGAAUGACCCUCACUUUGCCAUGAGCAUCUAUGAGGAGGCAGGAGACGUCUACUUUAAAGGCCACAGGAACCAGAUGGCUUCACUGCCUUUCUUCAGGGACGGCAGUCUGCCAUUUGCGCGCAGCAUCAAUGACAUCCAUUCAGAGUUUCGUUUUUUGAGUAAACUGACAGAGCUGCUCAUGAACCACGGAGAGCAGGAGGAGGCUCUGCAGUACGCUACACUGGCUGUUCAGAUCGCCAGCAAAACAGGCGUGCGUGUGAACGAGAGGACAGCCUACCACCGCCUGGCUACAGUUUACCACAGCCUGCAGCAGUAUGAGAUGGCAGAAAACUACUACCUCAAGUCCCUGUCCCUCUGCCCCCCAGUCCUGCAGCACCCCAUGGAAGCUCGCUACUACACUAAGGUCUACUGCAGACUGGGAAAUCUCACCCUACACAAACUGAAGGAUGCUUUUGAUGCAGUGGGCUACUUCCAGUUGGCUCUGGCAGCAGCCCUGGAGGACCAAGCUAACCCUGAAGCUCUGUAUGUGGUGUACAUGAAGCUGGCAGAGAUCCACGGCAACCACAUGCCUGACGCUCAGCUGUGCCAAGUUUACAGAGACAGAGCCCAUGGUCUGAAGAGAGUUCUAGCUGGAGAGGAAAACACUGCUGUUGGAGAGGACAGUGUGGACACUGAGCAUGGCCAAAAGAAGGAAAAGGACUCGGUUGCUGGUAUGGGACAUGCAGAAAAUCUGUCUCAGAGAAACAGGAUCUUGGAUUCUAUACCCAAAGAUGAAAAAUAUGAAGAUGACUUAGCUCUAAGAACUUGUAUGAUCCAUGCAGACACAGAAAGCAGAUGUAUAGACAGUAGUCUUGGAGAUGCUAAUGGGAAAGAAGAUCACAAUCACCAUCUUCCGGACAGAGAUGGCCCUUACGUGGAUGGGUCUGAGACAGACACUAUCGCCAGUCACUCAUACAGUGACAGUAUUUUCACAGAGUCCUUUGAUACAGCUAAGGAGCAGAUCUCGGACUCCAGUAGCUCCACUGACACUUUACAAACUUACCAGAAUCCAACAGGUGGGAAAGACCCAGACUUUGACACUGACCACAGCAUCCCCAGUCAAAUACUCAUCAAUCUCACAACUGACGUCACAAGACACAAAGACGCUGGAGACACUGAUUCUGAUAUUCAGGAUGAACCAAACACCCCGAUAAAAGAAACAGAGGCUCAGGCACAUUCGGUUGAAAAAGAUGUCAGUCUGGAGAGCAGUCAGCCUGAUACUGAUCACACAGAGACUGUUAGCAUAAGUCCAGAUGAGGCUGUAAGUGUGGGCAGGUCUGUUGACCACACAGGGAAAGAUAAAUCUGACCCCAGUGCCUCACAGCAUGAACACAUGACCUUGGAUGAUGUCUACAUAUAGUGGCACUUUAUGGUCUUCACUGACAUUUCUCUUGUCCGAUCAUGUGUCUUGUGAUCGGCAAACUGACUGCAACGUUCCAGCCACAUGGCACUUAUUGUAGAAAAGAUAAUGUCAAUACUGUAAAAUUGCUAGAAAUUUAGUAAAUUCAAAGCAUGUGCCUUUUGUAUGAGAUGUACUGUGAUUAUUACUGGUUAUUGUGCUUGUAAUAUAUGAUUUCUAAAGUUUUGUAUCACUAGAAGAUGUGACUCAAACAUAAAGAAUGUUAUUUUGUU